UUAAUAUUAAUAUUCACUGGCAACUGAAUCUUUCUUAUUUUUAAUUAUUAUUAUUAUUAUUUAUCAUCGUCUGUGAACUUAUUACUCUACUGCUCUGUUAUACUCACAGUGCAAUCUCUGUGCCCUAGAUCUCUCUCUCAUUGUCGCUCUUUUCCUCUACAAGCCCUAGAUUUCUCUUUCUACUUCCUAGGGUUUCCACUUUCCUGCUGGUCGUUGUUGUUGUUUAUUAAGUUAAGGUACAGGCUAUGUAUUGAGCGUGUUUCCACUGUUUUUCCAAUUUUGAAGAUUUUGUUGGAUUUAGGGAUUUGGUGGAUGUGAGAUGGUGGGGUUCAUUGCAAGAAAGGCUAGCACUUUCUUUAGGUGUUUGGUUUGAUCCUGUGUUUUUUAAUUACUGUGGAGAUUUUGGUGGUUUUGUUGGCUGGGAUUUUGGGGGGGGAGAUAAGGUUUUGGUGGUGGUGAAAUUGCAGUCUUUUUUUUUUUUGGGAUUUUAGGUUUAUUGGAUUUGACAAAGGAUUGAAAAUUCAUAGCAAAUGACUACUCAUUGCUGAGAUUUGCCCAUGAUUGUGGAGUUUUGACUGUUUGGUUGUUGUGGAAUUGUAAUCUUGAAGUGAAUAUGGUUAUGUUCAUUUGAUUGUGUGGCUGCGGAAAUAGGAUUGAUAGAAUUUUGAGUUAUAUAGUUUAGAUUAUUUUCUUUAUUUCUCUAGGGAAUAUGUUUCGGUUGUGUUUAAUGAAAAUGGGAAAGGAAGAAUAUAGAAUUGUAAAAAUGAAAAUUUUGAAGGGCAGUUAUUGAUUCUAAAACAGGGUGUUGUUGGAGGUCGUUUUUGUGCAUGAUGGGUUGCAUUUGCUGUAAACCCUCUGCAAUUGAGGAUAGCAAAGAGAGCCCAAGAGAGCGGCUCUCUAGCAAGGCCUCAUCAGACUUGCGGUUAUCAAGGGCCACCUCUUCUAGGAGGGAGGAAGCAUAUCGAGUGAAAGAUCGAUAUGAUAGUAAUGAUGGAAGAGCAAUGUUGAUUGAUAAGCAUUCAAAUGGUUCUGUUAGAUUGCAUGGUGCUGAGAACGUUGAUAGGAAGAGGGAGAAGAUGGAGUAUACUGUAGCUCAACAUCCAGGGAUGGGUAGCAUACCAAAAGCGACUGAAGGGGAGCAAGUUGCAGCUGGAUGGCCUUCCUGGCUAGCUGCGGUGGCUGGAGAAGCAAUCAGGGGAUGGCUGCCACGGCGUGCAGAUUCUUUUGAGAAGCUAGAUAAAAUUGGCCAAGGAACUUACAGUAAUGUUUAUAGAGCUCGUGACCUUGAUCAAAAGAAGAUUGUUGCUUUGAAGAAAGUAAGGUUUGACAAUCUGGAACCCGAGAGCGUUCGCUUUAUGGCCAGGGAAAUUCAUAUUUUGCGUAGGCUUGACCAUCCUAAUGUGGUAAAACUUGAGGGUCUAGUUACAUCAAGAAUGUCUUGCAGUUUGUACCUUGUAUUUGAGUACAUGGAGCAUGAUUUAGCUGGGCUUGCCUCACAUCCUGGUCUGAAGUUUACAGAGCCACAGGUGAAAUGUUACAUGCAACAACUUUUAGAGGGACUCGAUCACUGCCACAGCCGUGGUGUUCUGCAUCGUGACAUAAAAGGUUCCAACUUAUUAAUCGACAACAAUGGUAUCUUAAAAAUUGCAGACUUUGGUCUAGCAAGUUUUUAUGAUCCAACUCAUGUUCAACCACUCACAAGUCGUGUUGUAACACUUUGGUACCGUCCUCCGGAGCUUCUUCUGGGAGCCACUUGCUAUGGGAUUGCUGUUGAUUUAUGGAGUACAGGUUGCAUACUUGCUGAACUAUAUGCUGGCAAGCCUAUUAUGCCUGGAAGAACUGAGGUGGAGCAGCUGCAUAAAAUUUUCAAGCUGUGCGGCUCACCUUCUGAGGAUUAUUGGAAAAAAUCAAAAUUGCCUCAUGCAACUAUCUUUAAGCCUCAACAACCUUAUAGACGCUGUGUUGCAGAAACAUUUAAGGAGUUCCCUGCGCCAGCUUUAGCACUUAUGGAGACCCUGCUCUCUAUUGACCCUGUAGAUCGUGGUACUGCAGCUUCUGCUCUGAAGAGUGAGUUCUUUACAACAAAGCCACUUCCUUGUGAUCCUUCAAGUCUGCCCAAGUAUCCUCCCAGCAAAGAGUUUGAUGCAAAACUACGGGAUGAGGAAGCUAGAAGACAAGGAGCUACUGGAGGCAAGGGCCAGAGACCUGACAUUGACAGAAGAGGAACAAGAGAAUCUCGAGCAAUCCCAGCACCAGAUGCCAAUGCUGAAUUAGUCUUAUCAAUGCAGAAAAGACAAGGUCAGUCAAAUUCUAAGAGCCGGAGUGAGAAGUUUAACCCUCAUCCAGAAGAUGUAGCUUCUGGUUUUCCAAUUGAUCCACCUAGACCAUCACAAGUUGUGGAAUCGAGUGUAGAUCCACAUGGGCAUCAGCAUAAGAAAGCCUCCCAUUCUGGGCCAUUGGCCCACCGUUCUGCUUGGGCAAAGGCUGGUAGAACCCUAGAUGAUGCUCCAAAAGUUUCUACUGGGGCUGACUUGUCAACAAUGUCAGGCUUAGUGGCAGCAAGAAGGAGUUUAUUAUCUGAAGACCACAGAGAAAGGUCUGGCCCAUCACAGCCAGAAGUUCCUAAAUUAAUGGCGAGGUUUCCAGGGUCCUUCAAGGAAGCCUCGGAAUCCCUUGUCCAGGAUCAAAAGCAUUACUCUCAGGGCAUUGCAAGCUCUCACCAAAAAGAAGAUGGAAGAAUCAGCAAUAAUGAUCCAGUCCUUGUUGGCUAUGGGUCAAAGGAUCACAAAAUUCACUAUUCUGGUCCAUUGUUAGUUCCAUCAGGAAAAAUGGAUCAAAUGCUGAAGGAUCAUGAUCGCCAGAUCCAAGAAGCUGUCAGACGAGCUCGUAUUGACAAGGCAAAGGUCAAAAAAGUUCAGGUUGAUGGGAACCAAAUAUCAACCAAUUCAAUAUUUGUUUCUGGUCGCUAAGCCUGAUUAAGCCCCCCACAUAAAUGUCAAGAGGAUCACUGCAGAAUAAGUUGCCUGUUGGUUUUCUUGCGUUAAAAAUGAGUAAAAUAGUUAGGUGGGGUUUUUUGUAUAGGGCUUGUUCUUAGAAAGAUAGUGGCAUAUAGCUAAUUGAUAAAGCAUUCACUUCUCUCUGCAGUUUAUCAUGUGUAGUUACGUUUCAUUCUGCCACUGCAAUUUCUGAAUUAUGGGCCAUUCUUGUAGAGCAUUUUUAGUAGUCAUAAGCUGUAGAUUAUCUGGAAAAAUAUGACUUUGUGGUGUUAAAGAAAGAAAUGUUGAAUCCACCAUGCUUAAUUGCAGAAUAGCUUUUCAAGCUCCUGCAAGAGAGGGAUUUCUUCACUAUCAUUGAAGUAAAACAUUUUCUUCUCUUUA